AUGGGCGACAUUCCAAAAGCAGUCAUGGAAGUAGAAAAAAGAAAGAAAAAAGUGAAAAAAGAUAAUCGAAUUCCAAAAGGAGAGGAGGUAGGAUACAGACAAGAAGUCAGAGUAAUACAGUCUAUGGAAGAUGAACCUUUACCAAGUAUAUUUAACGAUCCAAUUCAUGGUCAUAUAGAAGUACAUCCACUGUGUGUUAAAAUCAUAGAUACACCACAGUUUCAAAGACUAAGAGAUUUAAAACAGAUAGGAGCGUGCUAUUUUGUUUAUCCUGGAGCUUCAAACAACAGAUUUGAACAUUGUAUUGGAGUAUGUCAUUUAGCUGGACAGCUAGCGCGGAUAUUACAGAAGCGACAACCAGAUUUAGAUAUAUCAGAUAAAGAUAUACUGUGUGUAGAAAUAGCUGGUCUUUGUCAUGACAUCGGCCAUGGACCAUUUUCUCAUUUGUUUGAUGCUAAAUUCAUACCAGAAGCAAUACCAGGAUUUAAAUGGAAGCAUGAGGAUGCUUCAAAAAUGAUGUUUGAUUUUCUAAUAAAAGACAAUAAACUAGAGGAGGAAUUCAAAAAGUAUGGUGUAGGCGAUAAGGACCAGACGUUCAUCCGGGAACAGAUUCUAGGACCCCAAAAGGAUACAAAUAGAGCAUAUCCAUAUGAGGGGAGAGAAGAAAACAAAAGAUUUUUGUAUGAGAUUGUUGCAAAUGAUAGGAAUGGAAUUGAUGUAGACAAAUGGGAUUACUUUGCUAGAGACUGUCAUGGAUUGGGAAUAAAAAACACCUUUGAUCACAAUAGAUUCAUGAAGUUUGCACGUGUGAUAAGGGUUAAUGACAGUUUUCAAAUCUGUUCAAGAGAUAAGGAAGCCGAAACCUUGUACGGAAUGUUUCAACUCAGGUCAGUUCUUCAUAGAAGGGCUUAUAAGCACAGAGUUUGCAAUGCUGUUGAAGCUAUGAUUGUGGAUGCAUUACUUUCUGCUGACAAGGUAGAAAUUGUUCCGAAGAAAGACAGGACUUGUCUUACAUUAUCACAAUGUAUUAGUGAUCCCGAAGGAUAUACCAAAUUGACCGAUAGUAUCUUUCAUGUCAUUCUCAUGUCUACCAAACCAGAACUUGAGAUGGCUAGAACUUUAUUAGAAAGAAUUUUGCAUCGACAGUUAUACAGAUGCGUUGGAGAUACAACUCCCAAGAGAACUCCGAGGGAGGAGGAUACUGAGGAUGGAAAAUUCGUCGUUGAAGACUUAAAAAAAGAAAUAAUUACAUACGUAAUUGAAAAUACCAAUGGACAGUUAGAGAAAGCGGACCUGUACAUUGACAUAGUAUUGCUAGACUACGGAAGCAAAACGAGAAACCCAAUCGACAACGUUCGAUUCUAUACAAAGAAUGACCCAAACAAUGCAGAUUUUUUAAAAAUGGAAAAUGUAUCUCUAAUGUUUCCUGAAGUUUUUGCUGAGCACAUCAUAAGAUUGUAUUAUAAAAAAACAGACACGAAGAGCAUGCAGAUAGCCAGUAAAGCAUUUGAGGAAUGGUGUGCAGAUGAACAGAAUGAUUAUAGUCUACACAGUAAAUUUCCUGACAAUACGACAGAAACAUAAAUGCCUACAUUCAUGAUAUCAACUUCUUUCCUUUACGUUUGUGUGUGUUUUGCUGUGCAUGUAAUGAUUUUGUGUCAUGUAUGGAUACCCCAUUUCCGUUGGUUUUUUUUUUCUAUUUUAUCUAGAUCAGCAUAAUUAUUAUCUAUUAUAGAUCAUCAAUUAACGUUUUAGGAUGAAGAAUAAAAAUAUCGUUGUAGUACCAAAUAAAUACUGUUUAGAAUCACAAUGCAAAUUCUAAGUGAGAAUUAAUAUGUUUAACAUAAUGAGAAUCUGCAUUAUAUUAACAACUGUUUAUUGCUUCUUUAUUUGAAUUUUCUUACUCAAAAUUUAAUGUCAACAAUAUCUAUUUUAAAUAAACAUAAAUGCAAAUCUCUUCCAAGAACUUGUUUUUAAACAGCUCCCAAUCAAACAGACCCAGUAGAUUAGAUUCUUCAGAACUUUCAGGUAAAAAAUUUUAAUGUUCAUUUAAAUUCUGAUUAUGUACUUUGACUAUGAUACGCUACGUGACAUGCAAAUGCAAAGUGAUGACAGUGCUCUCUGUCAAGUUCAAUUGAUUUUUUUAUUUAAUUUUUUUUAUAUAAAUCAGAUUUUUGGUCAUUUUUAAUUAAAAAGAUUGCCUGUAAACAUCAAUGAAUAAAAUCGUACUUAGACCAGAAGUGACAUUUUCAAGAUUAUUUAAUUUAGGUAAGAGUGGCUUGCUCAAAACGUGCAUAGAGAUUAUUUGGCAAAGAUUGAUCAUCAUUCUUAAAUUAAGAUACAAUGUACUACAUGAAACAAAAACCUUUAAUUUCCUCAUUCGUCACGAGUCUUAAUUAAGAAGCCCCUUACAAAAAUCUCUUAUCUUUCCUAGUUUUAUAAAUUGACAUAAUCAUAUAUAAUAGAUCGUAAUAAGACAGUAGAUCAGUAAAAACAAUAUUGCUGUUCCUUUGCUUUUUGUGUGUUUUUUUUUUUUUUUUUUGCUGUGCAUGUACUGAUUUUGUGUCAUGGAUUGAUAUCCCAUAUCGUUUGUUUUUCUAUUAUUAAAAAAAAAACAGCAACAGUUUUUAUAAUUAUCGUGUAAUAUAAAUGGAAAUAUCACAGUACAUUGAGUGUUCUACGCAUUGCACAAGAUCCUGUUUUAUUGUACUGUUAACAUAGAUUUAUAAAGUUGUAUCAUCGAGAAUUCUAUGAACUGGUAUUGCUCAU